AUGGGGUGCUGACCCGGGCCCCCAGCGAUGUCGGUGGCCUUUGUACCUGACUGGAUGAGGGGCAAGGUGGAAGUCAAUCAAGAGACUAUCCAGCAGCUCCUGGAGGAGAAUGACCAGCUGAUCCGCUGUAUCGUGGAGUAUCAGAACAAGGGUCGAGCAAAUGAGUGUGUCCAGUACCAGCAUGUGUUACAUAGAAAUCUCAUUUAUUUAGCUACCAUCGCAGAUGCCAGCCCAUCAAGUACUUCAAAAGCAAUGGAAUGAUCUUUCAGUUGUAAGGAGUAAUUGAAUGUAAUCCAUCUCCUAUAAAAUGGAGACAGGAUCUUUACCAACUCAA